GGGAGAGAGGUUGGAUCAGACGAUUAGUUAAGAUGACCCUCUUAUUUGGGCCAACCUGCAAUUUGUAGGUCAAAUGAUUCAUUGUUUGUCUGGGGGGGUGCUACUUCCGUAUUUAAAUCCGCUAUAUGAAUUCGUAGACCUUGAAAUUGUCCAUUCGACCAUCACCCUCAGGACAGGGGGCUUGCUCCUACCAAAGGCGGUGAUAGCCGAAUCACUGACCCAUAACCAGUCGGGCUCAUUAGGCUAUCGCUAGCAUGAUAUUACAGGGUCUACUCGUCUGGCUAGUCCUCACAUUAACGCUAAGAACCGUGUCCAUGUUCACUAUCUCUUAUGACGAAGAAUCCAAUGAAACUGUUUGGAUAGAGAACCGUUUGGAUAUAACAAAGUCGGCUAAGAAGAUGGACGAAUUGUUCGAUCCGAAGGAUUUGCCUGAGAGCUCUUCAGUGCCUCAUAGAAAGGCACCUCAGUUUAUGCUGGACUUGUUCAACUCAGUGGCGGACUCCAAUGGAUACCCCAGGAACUCGGAGAAACUAGAGGGCAACGUGGUGCGGAGCUUCGAGGACAGAGGACAUGCCGGUGGAAGGUUUCAUUUCUUCCAUUUGUCCUCAUUUGCCAGAGAUGAGAGAGUGAUCAAAGCAGAAUUUCGUUGGUUCAGGCAAAAACAACGACUUUUCCUUGGGCAGGCAUAUGGACCCCAUUUCUACAAGGUGGACCUAUAUGAGGUGUUGGACAACAGAGUAAAACCUUGGAGAGGGAAUCUAAUCACAUCAAGACUGUUGCCUUUAUACACUCAGGGAUGGGAAGUCUUCAACGUCACACAAACAGUGUCCAACUGGAUUCGCAACAGUGAGGAGAAUAAUGGUAUUCUGGUGGUUACUACUCUGCCAUCGGGGAAAUGGAUUAAGUCAGUCCUGCAGUCUUCAGAGAGACAGAGAGAAUCACCUGCGGAGAAUGCUUUCCUGGUUAUAUUCUCAGACGACGGAAGAGGCUCGACCACUAAUCAGUCACUAAAUCAAGGACAUGUCAGCCACUCCACCGCACAUGACAGUCCUGUGAAGGUAUUGCGUCAAGACAGUGGGAACAGAAGGAGGCGCGCAGCCCCAAGUUAUCCCCGCAGCCGCCCCAUGUCCUGCCAGCGUAUCCCCCUCUUUGUGGACUUCGAGGAGAUCGGGUGGGCAGGCUGGAUCAUCUCUCCACGGGGGUACAACGCUUACCACUGCAAGGGCUCCUGCCCGUUCCCACUCGGAGAGAGUCUCCGCGCCACGAAUCAUGCCACUGUGCAGUCCAUCAUGCAUGCACUAAAGCUCUCCAACGACGUGAAUACACCAUGUUGCGUGCCUGACAAACUCCAGUCCAUCAGCCUUCUCUAUUUUGACGACGAGGAAAACGUAGUUCUUAAACAGUAUGACGAUAUGGUGGCAGUCAGCUGUGGCUGUCAUUGACUACAGUGCGAUUGCCAGCUGCACUCCGGGAACAUUUUCCACGAGUUUCAGAAAUGUUGACUGAAUUACAAUAUGUCCAGUGAUUCAUGCAUAAAUGGACGUUAUUUUUGAGAAAUAAAAUUCGGUCGUUGCAAUUUAACAUGUUUAUAUUGAUA